AAUAUGCAGUCAGCAGCAGGACUAGGGGGCUGUGUAUAGAAAGGACAAGUUAGAAGUGCCAUUGGAUUGCAUGGGAAGCGCUAAUAAUACUGGCGAGUGCUGAUUGCUGGAGAGGCAGCAGUGAUCAGGCAGAGCGCUCUGUUAUCCAUAGACACACGCAGACUCCUCCGUGCGCUCUCCAAGGUGCUGAAGGGAAGCGCCUCUCGCUGUCUCUGCUCCCAGCCAUGUCCUAAGAGCCGAGGGGAGGAUGAAGCAAGUAGCUACACCAACUUCAAGAAGACAUUGAACGAAAUGACUGCAAGAAUAUCUGAAGAUUAAGGAAGCAUUCUGAUCAAGUUACUGCCAUUGAAAGCAACGGGCAACUUCUGAGAAGAGACUUCGGUUUUGUUUGGUUUAAGGGUUGCCUCGGAAACAGAGACUUCUCUCGUCUUUAAAAUUAUAGCCUGCUUAUAGCACAGCAUGCUUACUGAAAAUAGGAUGAAAACAUAAGACAGAUAAAAAUUAUGCAAAGUCACCUGAGAAUUAAGGGUAGUGUUUAGAUUUUCAAAUCGGAAGCAGAAUUCUUUAAACAUCUGUCCUACAGCCUCAGUUAAAGAAAUAAACUCCCUGCAAUUGCUAUUUUUAGGUCAGAAAACUGAAUUAAGCUGUAGUCGCUGACACUGUUUCAUAGACAAUAAAUAAGAUUACAAUGGAAGAAUAUGAGUUCAGCGUUAAACAACUGCAGCCGAAUGUUAUAUCUGUGCGCCUCUUUAAGCGCAAAGUAGGAGGGCUGGGAUUCCUGGCUAAGCAAAGGAGGAACAAACCACCUGUAAUUAUUUCUGAUUUAAUUCGGGGAGGAGCAGCAGAACAGAGUGGGUUGGUGCAAGUAGGGGAUAUUAUCUUAGCUGUGAAUGAUAGGCCCCUUGUAGAUGCCAGCUAUGAAAGUGCCCUGGAGAUACUGCGUAGCAUUUCUUCAGAGACUUUUGUUGUACUGAUCCUUAGAGGUCCAGAAGGAUUCACAACCCACUUGGAGACCACCUUUUCUGGAGAUGGAACACCCAAGACCAUUCGAGUCACCAGACCUCUUUGUUCUAAGUCCAAGUCAGCUGAAUUGACAAGUCAGAGCCUUUAUAGCAAAGAUCACAUGGUGGACAGUGCCACAAGUUCAGCUGGCUCUUCUUGGCAGGAGGUUCAUCAGCUUCUUAACUUGAAUGGACUUGAUGGUGGUAAAGGUGAUGACAUCAGCAUCAGCCCUAGCCUUAACAGAGGAGAAAAGGCUAAUGACAUAUUGAAAGAAAUCGAGCCAAUCGUUAGCCUUCUACAGAAUGCAGGAAAGGAGCUAAAUGGGGAUGAACAUCGAAAUGUGGAGCAAAAGGAUGCGGAAGUUCAGGUUGAAAGCAACUCGCAGACACAGCCGAGUAUGCAGAAGGACCAAGUCAAUGGUAUCUGGAAAAACAACAACAAGAUGCCCGUGGUUUUAAACAAUCCAUAUCUGGAGUGUGAGCAGGUCACAUUAACUGGUAGACAUUCCCCUGCAAAGAGCCAAGUGAAUGGAAGUCCAUCCAAAUGUCCUCGUUAUUUGAAAAUUCGUAAUUGGGAUUCAAACACUACACUUAAUGACACCCUGCACAGCAAGGCUUCCAUGCCAACACCCUGCACGCAACAGAUAUGCAUGGGAGCCGUAAUGACACCCCCACAUUAUGUUCGCAAACCAGAGGACAUUCGGACCAAAGAAGAGCUUCUUCCCCUUGCUAAGGAAUUUAUUGACCAAUAUUUCUCAUCAAUUAAAAGGUUUGGCUCUAAGGCACACAUGGACAGACUACAAGAAGUGACAAAGGAGAUUGAAGCCACAGAUACCUAUCAGCUACGGGAUACAGAGCUUAUUUACGGAGCCAAGCAUGCCUGGAGGAAUGCAUCCAGAUGUGUGGGGAGAAUCCAGUGGUCAAAACUGCAGUUAUUUGAUGCUCGAGACUGCACCACUGCUCAUGGGAUGUUCAAUUACAUUUGCAACCACAUUAAAUAUGCCACCAACAAAGGCAACCUCAGAUCAGCAAUCACUAUCUUCCCCCAAAGAACGGAUAUGAAGCACGACUUUAGAAUCUGGAAUGCUCAGCUUAUUCGCUAUGCUGGAUACAAACAGCCUGAUGGUUCGGUGCUGGGAGACCCUGCAAAUGUAGAAUUGACAGAGAUCUGCAUUCAACAGGGCUGGAAGGCCCCUCAUGGACGCUUUGAUGUACUACCUCUAAUGCUCCAAGCAGAUGGCAAUGAUCCUGAAUUGUUUGAGAUCCCUCCUGAACUGAUAAUGGAAGUCAACAUAAGGCAUCCAAGACUAGAGUGGUUUAAGGAUCUGGGAUUAAAGUGGUAUGGACUGCCUGCUGUAUCCAACUUGCUGCUGGAAAUCGGAGGCUUGGAAUUCAGUGCCUGUCCCUUCAGCGGAUGGUACAUGGGGACAGAAAUUGGUGUUCGAGAUUACUGUGACAACUCCCGCUACAACAUACUGGAGGAAGUGGCCUUAAAAAUGAAUCUGGACACAAGGAAAACCUCCUCUCUGUGGAAGGAUCAAGCUCUGGUGGAGAUAAACAUUGCUGUGUUGUACAGUUUCCAGAGCGAUAAAGUAACAAUCGUGGACCAUCACUCUGCUACUGAGUCUUUCAUCAAACAUAUGGAGAAUGAAUACCGGUGCCGAGGAGGCUGCCCAGCAGACUGGGUUUGGAUAGUGCCGCCGAUGUCUGGAAGCAUUACACCUGUAUUUCACCAGGAAAUGUUAAACUACCGUCUUACACCUUCAUUUGAGUACCAGCCGGAUCCAUGGAAUACCCACGUAUGGAAAGGAGUUAAUGGAACGCCAACAAAGAAAAGGGCCAUUGGAUUUAAAAAGCUGGCAAAGGCAGUUAAAUUUUCGGCUAAAUUAAUGGGACAGGCCAUGGCUAAAAGAGUAAAGGCCACAAUUCUCUACGCAACAGAAACUGGGAAAUCACAAGUCUAUGCAAAAACUUUAUGCGAAAUCUUCAAGCAUGCAUUUGAUGCAAAGGUUAUGUCAAUGGACGAAUAUGACGUUGUGCACUUGGAGCAUGAAACACUUGUCCUAGUAGUGACAAGUACUUUUGGCAAUGGUGAUCCUCCAGAAAAUGGAGAGAAGUUUGGCUGUGCAUUAAUGGAAAUGAGACAUCCCAACUCUAACGUGGAGGAGAGGACAAGCUACAAAGUCCGUUUUAACAGCGUCUCGUCCUCUGCUGAUGCCCAGAAAUCAUCUGCUAAUGAGACGGGACCCAGAGACAACUUUGGAAGUGCAGGUCCCCUAGCUAAUGUUAGAUUCUCAGCAUUCGGACUGGGCUCCCGAGCUUAUCCCCACUUCUGUGCCUUUGCCCGUGCGGUUGACACGUUGUUGGAGGAGCUUGGAGGAGAAAGAAUAAUGAAAAUGGGGGAAGGGGAUGAACUGUGCGGACAAGAAGAAUCAUUUAGAACAUGGGCCAAAAAAGUGUUUCAGGCUGCAUGUGACGUCUUUUGUGUAGGAGAUGAUGUAAGUAUUGAAAAAGCAAACAACUCACUGAUUAGCAAUGACCGCAGCUGGAAAAGAAGCAAGUACCGAAUCAGCUUUGUGGCCGAGGCACCAGAACUUACACAAGCUUUAUACAGUAUUCACAAGAAGAAAGUGUAUGGAGCUCGUUUGUUGUCUCGCCAGAACUUGCAAAGCCCAAAAUCCAGCCGAUCCACUAUAUUCCUCAAACUUCACUCUAAUGGACAUAAAGAACUGUGCUAUAAACCUGGAGACCAUUUAGGAGUCUUUCCUGGAAACCAUGAAGAUCUAGUGAAUGCCUUGAUAGAGCGAUUAGACGAUGCUCCUCCUGUGAACCAAAUGGUGAGGGUAGAGAUGCUGGAAGAAAGAAAUACCGCUUUAGGUGUGAUAAGUAACUGGACAGAGGAGGAACGAAUUCCACCCUGCACCAUCUUCCAAGCCUUUAAGUAUUUCCUAGAUGUUACAACGCCCCCUACCCCUCUCCUCAUGCAGCAAAUUGCACUGCUGGCAACUGAUGAGAAGGAAAAGAAACGACUGGAGAUCUUAAGCAAGGGUUUGCAGGAAUAUGAGCAGUGGAAGUGGUACAAGAAUCCAACUAUUGUUGAGGUUCUAGAGGAGUUCCCUUCAAUUCAGAUGCCUUCAUCCCUGCUGCUUACACAACUACCCCUGCUACAACCACGAUACUACUCCAUCAGCUCUUCACCUGAGAUGUAUCCAGAAGAAGUCCACCUUACUGUUGCUGUUGUGUCCUACCGCACAAGAGAUGGAGAUGGGCCUAUACACCAUGGUGUCUGCUCCUCAUGGCUCAACAGAAUACACCCAGAUGAAGUUGUGCCCUGCUUUGUCAGAGGAGCUCCAAGUUUCCAAAUGCCCGAAGACCCACAGGUCCCCUGCAUUCUGAUAGGACCAGGCACUGGUAUUGCUCCAUUUAGGAGUUUUUGGCAGCAGCGUCUCUACGAUAUGCAGCACAGAGGACUGAAACCUUGUCCCAUGAUCUUGGUCUUUGGGUGUAGGGAAUCCAAAAUUGACCACAUCUACAAAGAGGAAACAAUGCAUGCAAAGAACAAAGGAGUGUUUAAAGAACUCUUCACAGCAUAUUCUCGGGAACCUAAUAAACCAAAGAAAUAUGUUCAAGAUGUACUGAAGGAACAGUUAUCUGAAGUCACAUACAAAGCUCUGAAGGAUCAAGGGGGUCACAUAUAUAUUUGUGGUGAUGUCAACAUGGCUGGGGAUGUCCUGAAGAGUCUUCAACAUGUUGUGAAAGAGAGCGGAAAUCUGACGAUAGAAGAAGCUGGGGCCUUCAUCAGCAAGCUAAGGGAUGACAAUCGGUACCAUGAAGAUAUUUUUGGAGUCACUCUUAGGACAUAUGAAGUUACAAAUCGACUCAGAUCUGAAUCUAUUGCAUUCAUUGAGGAAAGCAAAAAGGACUCAGAUGAGUAAGUUGAGGGUUUUCUGCUCAUAACUGGAAUGUCCCCUUUGUCAGUGGAUGCCAAACUGGUCAUGCAAGCACAUGAGAUACCACACCUGCAUGUACACUGUUUGUGGAGACAUACAUAAACCAUGUGUACUGCAUGUAUGACACAGCCACAUACUGUAACGCCUACACAUCCAUAUGACAAUGCUGAUAUUUACAUAUAAAUGACUUGCUUUGUUCUUACUCAUGUAAAGCCCCCAUUUCAGAAUGGGUUUUGAAACUUCAGCAGCAAAUGGUUAUCUUUUUUUAUGGGACUCUGAUCACCUCUCUGCCUGCUGCCCUGUGGUGUCUAUGUCCUGUAACCAUAUGCAUCUCUCUCUCUCUAUAUAUAAAUAUAUGUAUGUAAGGAAAGACAUAUAUAUGCAGAUAUCUACUACUUCAUCUAAAUAUUGGAUCCCACUUGUGUUGGAUAUAAUCUCACUGCUGUGUUCUUGCUUGACAUCCAGCAGUGCAUCUUGAAGCAAGACAUGAAAUGCAAAAUGACCACAGAGUUCCUUUCCUGGUGCAUGAAGCUUUUCAUUUUCCUCAGGCCUUGCUUGACAUUCUCUGGACUGAGAGAGUCUCUCACUUUUACUCGACUUGUAGAUAGCACUGUUAGUUGCACUGGAUGUUAGGUGGCAAGAUGCAUACUGUCUACAAUCUGCAUUUCUGUACCAUGAGUUUUGUUGUCCCACGAGUUUCAUUGUCCCACUUCCAUCUUUGAUCAUCCUCAAUUACUGUUUCAAGGAUAAGGCACACAAAUGUAGCAACAUUUAGCUAACUGGUAUAGAAGGAACCCUGACAGAGUGCAGCAUGAAAGCAUUUUACACUGCUGUUAUGCAAGGUUACAAACUGUAUUAUUUACAAUCUACAACCACCAGGGUUUCUGAACUUGGGAAACUUGGUUUGAUAAGCAGAUUGUCUCAGACCUCCUGUAUAAGAAGAACAAGUCAUCACAACAUAUUCAAUUCUGUGUCUAAGAAUUAUUUUUAUUAAAUCAACUGAGUUUAAAGUUUAUGGUUUGAAGGGAAAAGAAUGGCUUACUUUAAGCGCAUACAUUUCAUAGUCUGAGCCUCAAACCUUUCUGCAUUAAAACAAAUGUGAAGACAUUUUUUGCAAACUACAUGCGCAUCAAAAAGAUCUUCCUGACUCCAUGCUUUUCUGAAGAAAAAGAUAGUAGAGCAACACAUAGCAGUUGCAAAAAAAUAGCAAAGUGUUGAUAAUUGUGCUCUUUAAACUCUGCCUUUAAAUGCUGUGCAUUUCAUGUCAUUUGAACCAUAAGUGGGCCUUAUCUUUCUGCCUGGAAAUUCUCAGUCCUAACUCAAUGACAUUUUUUAGAACAUGAACGAAGCUAAAUCACUGUGCUUAUUAUAUGUUUUUCAGUGCAGAAAAAAAAAACCUAUCACUUAAUUUCUAAUCCUUUUAAUGUAACGAGAGAAAGCAGCUGUUUCCUGGAGCCUUUUACAGUUUUUUUUCAGUCCUAAACAUUAUUUCCCUAAUUCAUAGAAGGAUAUUAGGGAAGCUUUCUAGUACAGCCACAGUAUUCACAAAACAGUGUUAGGAGAUACUACUGGACCACUAACAAACUGGGAGCCUGAAAAGCAAUACCCAGUACUAUCAUGAAGUCACAGGGGCCGAAUUAUCUCAACCUGGGCCAAAAGAACCAGACGGGUAGCUAACAGCCCUGAUCUCAGCAGAACUCAAACAAGUCGAGCAAGCGAAUAUUGAAUACAACACAUGCAGAUUUCAUUCAUCAGAAGGUUUGGUAUAUUACUCCUUCAGUUUGACUAUAAGCAUGCACCUCCCUGUGUAUAGUCACAAGAGACCAGUGGUAUGAAUUAACAAUGCAUAUGUCUGUUUGAAACCAUUAACUAAAUAAACAAUGUAACUUCUUUGUGAAA